CUUGGAUGGCGCUGUCGUGGAAGGAAGGCGAGGCCGAGAUCAAGGACGCGCUCGCCCAGAUCGCGACGCCCAAGGGCACGUCCGCGACCCGCGUCAAGGCCGCCAGCGCUGUGUGCAUGCGGCUCAUCAAGGACUACAAGCGCGUGGUGCAUGCCAUCGAGACGAUGAUGUGGAAGUCGGAGCACCCGCUCGGGUUCCUCUUUGUCAUUGACGCCGUCAUCCGCCAGUCGCAGGCCAAGUACGGCGUCGAGAAGGACGUCUUCGCCGCGCGCUUCAGCAAGCACCUCUCGCACACGCUCUCGGCCGUCAAGCACCUCGCGCCCGACGCCAAGGACCAAGCGCACCGCAUCGUGCACGACUGGGCCACCCGGCGCGUCUACUCGCGCGACGACAUUUCCAAGGCUGGAGGCGCCGAGUUCCUCGCCACGCCGCCGCCACCGCCCACAACCUCAACGUCCGCCGCGCCGCCGCUCAACUCGGACGCAGAGAAGGAGAAGCUUGCGAUGCUCCUUGACAACAUAAAGCGCAUGAAGCAGCAGCGCGAAGAGAAGAACCACGAUAGUAAGGCCCCGAGCGGCAGCCCGCACGCGACUUCGUCGUCGUACGCGUCGGCCCCACCGGCACAGUCUUCGUACUCUAGCUAUGCACCGCAGUCGCACACGAGUUCUUCCUCCAACGGACCGCGGUACGGACAUCCCUCGUCACCGCGACGGGACUCCAACUCGCGUGGCCGGUCGCGCUCGCGCUCGCCCCGACGGACGCGCAUGCGAUCCCGCAGCCGGAGUCCUCCUCGCGACAGCAGUCGCCGGCGUCCCGAUCCCGUCCAGCCACCACCGCAGCAGCAAUCCUUUUACGCCGAGUCCAGCUCGUACCGCCAGUCGUCACCAUCGUUCAACCAAGGGCCUCCUCGAGCUUCGUUUGGCCAAGGAGCUUCUUCUUCCUCGUCGUUCCAACAGGGCCCGCCUUCGUCGAGUUAUUCCCAAGGCCCUCCCUCAUCGGGCUAUACCCAAGGCCCACCCUCAUCCAACUUCAACCAGGGCCCUCCCUCCUCCAGCUUCAACCAGGGCCCUCCCUCGUCCAGCUUCAGCCAGGGUCCUCCCUCUUCGAGCUAUAACCAGGGCCCGCCCUCGUCGGGCUUUAACCAGGGACAACCGCCGUCGUCGGGCUUUAACCAGGGGCCGUCGUCGUCAUCGGGCUUUAACCAGGGCCCUCCUCCGUUUCGACAGGGUACCCCUUCGUCGGCGCCGCAUCAGGGCCCUUCCUCGUCGUCGCCCUUCAACCAGGGUGGGUCGUCGUUCGGACAGCCGUCGUUUGGUGGUGGCGGCGGUGGGUUUACCAAGGGCGUUUGCUUUGACUAUGCGCAAGGCCGUUGCUUCCGCGGCGCUGGCUGUCGCUUCGCGCACGAUGGACCGACGCAGCAACCGGGCGAACCAGGCGCCCGCCCGCCGCGCCCGCAGCUCAAGACGCGUCUCUGCAUGAAUUUUCCGUCCGGCAACUGCCGCUACGGCGACCGCUGCACAUUUGCCCACGGCGAAGCGCAGCUCGGCACGGCCGUCGAGACCAGCUCGAUGCCACCCCGGUCGUCGCCCCACGCACCCUCCACGUACGGGCCGCCGCCCACCAAGCCGGUCGAGUACCCGCUUUACACUUCGAAUAACACGUCGAUUGGUGCUCCUAAUACGUCGUCGUCGUUGGUCCAGUCGCCGGCGCCAUCCGGAUCGCCGAAGCGGGUGCGUCAAUCCCGCUGGGGCGCCAAGCCGGCGGUGAUCGAGACGCCGCCAGCACCCGUGCCGGUUCCCGUCGCCGUCGUCGCGCCUGUCAAGCACUUUGAAGAGGAGGAGCCAGCCCCCGCCCCCGAGUUUACGCUAGAGUACGACGACGACGAAUAGCAGUCGAGUUGCGUGAUAACUUUUCCAAACCAUUUUAUAACUGU